AGUUGAAGAAGAAAAACAUUUAACCGCCUCUAUCUCUGUUCCACAUCCACGGUUCCCUCGUCCGCGAUCCGUUAACUGUAAGUGAGCCUUUCUAGCGCCCUUUGUUGAAUUGUUAUUUUUUUGUUUUCACCUUUUUAGCCCGCCUUCAAAUGUUACGAAAAUGCACGUUCAUUCGUUGGAAUAUGGUUGAAGCUGCAACAAAAAGAUUCCAAUGCGAAGGUGGAUUCGGCGAGGUUAGCUGGAUGAGUUAAGUUUCUAUAACAUGUUACAAAAGUUAAAGAGUUCAUGGGGGAGGUUCACUUAGUUACUUCACUUAAACCGGUUAGGAUGCAUGCAUGAUGCAACCUCCGAAAUUGGACGGAUACGGCACGAAUAUAUCCGUAUAUGAAUUAACGAUUUUUUUAACUAAAUGUUAAAUUAUUCAAAUAAAGUCGUUUGGUUAGAAACUGAAUGGUUGAGGACUUGGUCUCGUUAGAAACUAGAGCUGAAAAAUACUACUCUCCGGGGGGAAAAAUCAAUAAAGCAUCAACAUCAUAUCAUCUUGUAGUGGAACGCGUAAUUUGGGCAAGAAGACUUUUCGAGUCACUUCGGUCCACUUGAUUUUAGGCUAGCCUUUACAUCCAGUGUCGGUCCAACAUUUUCAAAAUUUUCUUGAUGCCCUAGGCUCAUUUAAAAUUUUAUGUCCAUGCUAUUCUUGUAAAUUUUUUAUAGUACCCAAUAUAUGACUAAAAUUGUCUAUUGAAUCAUGAUGCCCGGUCAGUUGCUUUGCCUAUACUUCGGACCGGCCAUGUUUACUGUAGAGGCUUUCCAGCACUAAGAAGCUGUUGGCUUAACGACUCUUUCUUGGAACCUUUUGUGCCCGCCUGUUUCACUUCUGCGCCGGAGGGGAAUGGGAUUCAAACCCAUGAUACAAUAUUCCUGUAUGUCGAUUUAGCAAACCAGUGCCUUACCUCAUAUGAUAACAAGUACCCACAUGAAAGAUGGCGCAAAUCAUGACAAGCAUACAUAAAACAAAAUUUGAAGUGGGAGUCAAUUCCACACAACGCAACUAUUCUCACGCCUACAAUAAAAAUAUAUAUAUCUGUAAUGACCACAUCUGUCUUUUAUCCAUUGGCUUCUAGUAAUAUAGUAUACCACUCGUGUCGUCAGUAUUCUGGGUCCAAAUUAGAAAUUCAAGAUUAUUAUUAUUAUUAUUUAACGUUGACUUUUGACUUAUCGUGCCGUUUGAAAGUUUUGAGGUUCACUGAUUUCAGAGAAACUUCCAUUUGCUGUUUAAAGCUUGUAAGAAACGAACAUAUACUAAAGAAAAAUAUUUUGCUUUUGCUACAAUCUUAAAGAGAUUAUGAAGCAGUGGUGUUUGUUUUCAAUCCUCUGUUUUGUCCUAAUAAGCUUUGGCAUUGCUUCGGUUUCAGCACAAACAUGUAUGGAUAAUGAUGGGCAUUUCAGGCCCAACGGUACUUACGACACAAACCGGCGUCUUAUCCUCUCUUCACUACCUUCCAACGUCACGACUCAAGAGGGCCUCUUCUUCAACGGUUCCAUCGGACAAGAACCCAACCGUGUCUACGCAAUAGGGAUGUGCAUCCCAGGCUCAACUCCACAGGACUGUUCUGAUUGUAUCAAGUCCGCGUCUGAUGGUUUGAUACAUAGUUGUCCUAACCAAACAAACGCGUUUACAUGGCCCGGUGACCCCACGCUUUGCUAUGUUCGCUACUCCAACACUUCUUUCUUAGAAUCUUCGGAUCUGGACCCGCAUUCACUGUUCUUCAACACAGGAGAUAUCAACUCAAAUCUAACCGAGUUCACGACAAUAUGGGAAGGCUUAGUUGUUCGUAUGAUUGAUGCAGCCUCCACAGCAAAAAACACACCAUCCUCUAGUAAUAAUCAUUAUAAAGCUGAUAUGGCACCCUUGACUGCUCUUGAGAAUAUAUAUGCUUUAAUGCAAUGCACGCCUGAUCUUUCCUCUGGUGACUGUGAUAACUGUCUGCGGCAGAGCGCAAGGGACUACCAGUCAUGCUGUGGUCAGAAACGAGGAGGCGUUGUUAUGCGGCCAAGCUGCUUUUUCAGGUGGGACUUGUAUAAAUACUCUAAGGCCUUUGAUAAUAUCACGGUGGCUUCUCCUCCUCCUCCUCUUCCUCCUAUGGCUUCUCCUCCUCCUGGAGAUGAUCAUGCCAGAAGGACCAAUAAUGAUAGCAAAGGAACCCCAUCUGGAGUUGUCGCGGCUAUUAUAGUUCCAACCGUCAUUACCGUCUUUAUACUUCUUGUUAUAGGAGUUGUUCUUUGUCGGAGGAUAAUGUCAACGCAAAGAACUGAAGUCGAAUCUGAUAGUGAUAUUUCAACAACACAUUCAUCGCAAUAUGACUUUAAGACAAUUGAAGCUGCAACAAACAAGUUUUCCAGGAGUAAUAAGCUCGGUGAAGGUGGAUUCGGCGAAGUUUACAAGGGUACACUUUCAAAUGGAACUGAAGUGGCUGUGAAGCGACUGUCGAAAAAUUCAGGACAAGGGAUAAGAGAGUUCAAGAACGAGGCUGUCCUUGUCUCAAAACUUCAACACAGGAAUUUGGUUAGGCUUCUUGGAUUCUGUUUGGAAGGAGAUGAAAAGAUUCUGAUCUACGAGUUUGUCCCCAACAAAAGCCUUAACCAUUUCCUAUUUGACCCUGAGAAGCAAAGCCAACUAAACUGGACUAAGCGAUACAAGAUCAUUGGAGGAAUAGCUAGAGGAAUUCUUUAUCUUCAUCAAGAUUCACAGCUCACAAUCAUACACCGUGAUCUCAAAGCCAGCAACAUUCUGUUAGAUGCCAAUAUGAACCCAAAAAUUUCAGAUUUUGGGUUGUCGACAAUCUUUGGAAUGGAUCAAACCCGAGGCAAUACCAGCAGAAUUGCUGGAACAUAUGGUUACAUGUCUCCUGAGUAUGCAAUGCAUGGUCAAUACUCCAUGAAAUCUGACAUUUACAGCUUUGGAGUCUUAGUUCUCGAGAUUAUAAGUGGCAAGAAAAACAGCAAAGCUUACAAGAUGGAUGAAACUAGCACUCCUGGCAACUUGGUCACUUAUGUUUGGAGGCUUUGGAAAAAUGGAUCGCCACUUGAGCUGGUGGAUCCAGCUAUUGGAAAGAACUAUCAGAGUAAUGAAGUCACUAGAUGCAUCCAUAUCGCACUCUUAUGUGUACAAGAAAAUCCAGAAGACCGACCAAUGUUAUCAACUAUCAUCUUGAUGCUCACUAGCAACACAAUCACUGUACCAGUGCCUCGCCUACCAAGUUUCAUCCCUCGGAGCAGGCAGGAACUGGACCAGAUAUCUGAAGGACUAGAAUCAAGUCAAUCUACAGGAAGAUCUGUUGGUCAUUCUGUGAAUGACGUGUCAAUAACUGAUUUAGACCCUCGUUAAAGAUAUGAGUAUAUUCUCUAUGUGGAAACUUGCGUGGGACUUGUAUAAUCUUAUUUCAUGUAUUCUCUCUGUUAAGAAUUUAAUAUUUAGCAUUCGUUUAGGUGACUGGAAUAUUCUCUUUUCAAUGCAAAAAUCAUAGUAACACGUUUUA